AUGGCCCCAAGAAAGAGAGGUGGACGAGGUAUUUCAUUCAUCUUUUGCUGUUUCCGAAAUAAUGAUCACCCAGAAAUCACAUAUCGGCUGCGAAAUGAUAGCAACUUUGCGCUUCAGACCAUGGAGCCAGCAUUGCCCAUGCCCCCUGUGGAGGAGCUGGAUGUCAUGUUCAGUGAACUGGUGGAUGAACUUGACCUCACAGACAAACACAGAGAAGCCAUGUUUGCACUUCCAGCUGAGAAAAAAUGGCAAAUAUACUGUAGCAAGAAAAAGGAACAAGAAGAAAACAAGGGAGCUACAAGUUGGCCUGAAUUCUACAUUGAUCAGCUCAAUUCCAUGGCUGCUAGAAAAUCUCUGCUGGCCUUAGAGAAGGAAGAAGAAGAAGAGAGAAGUAAAACUAUAGAGAGUUUGAAGACAGCACUGAGGACAAAACCAAUGAGGUUUGUAACCAGAUUCAUCGACUUGGAUGGCCUGUCAUGUAUCCUCAACUUUCUAAAGACCAUGGACUAUGAGACAUCAGAGUCUCGAAUACAUACUUCUCUCAUUGGCUGCAUAAAGGCACUAAUGAACAACUCUCAAGGCCGGGCUCAUGUCCUGGCUCAUUCUGAGAGUAUUAAUGUAAUUGCUCAGAGUCUGAGCACAGAGAACAUUAAAACAAAGGUGGCCGUGCUGGAAAUCUUGGGCGCCGUGUGCCUGGUUCCUGGGGGCCACAAGAAGGUUCUGCAGGCCAUGCUGCACUACCAGAAAUAUGCCAGUGAAAGGACCCGCUUUCAGACAUUAAUUAACGACUUGGAUAAAAGCACUGGGCGGUAUCGAGAUGAAGUGAGUCUCAAGACUGCAAUCAUGUCCUUCAUUAAUGCGGUGCUCAGCCAAGGAGCAGGAGUGGAGAGUUUGGACUUUAGACUUCAUCUUCGCUAUGAAUUUCUGAUGUUAGGAAUUCAACCUGUAAUAGAUAAAUUAAGGGAACAUGAAAAUUCAACGUUAGAUAGGCAUUUAGACUUUUUUGAAAUGCUCCGGAAUGAAGAUGAACUAGAAUUUGCCAAAAGAUUUGAACUGGUUCACAUAGACACAAAAAGUGCAACUCAGAUGUUUGAGCUGACCAGGAAGAGGCUGACUCAUAGUGAAGCUUACCCGCAUUUCAUGUCCAUCCUGCACCACUGCCUCCAAAUGCCUUACAAAAGGAGUGGCAACACUGUUCAGUACUGGCUACUACUAGAUAGAAUUAUACAGCAGAUAGUUAUCCAGAAUGACAAAGGACAGGACCCUGACUCCACACCUUUGGAAAACUUUAAUAUUAAGAAUGUCGUACGAAUGUUGGUUAAUGAAAAUGAAGUUAAGCAGUGGAAAGAACAAGCGGAAAAAAUGAGAAAAGAGCACAAUGAGCUACAACAGAAACUGGAAAAGAAAGAACGAGAAUGUGAUGCCAAGACUCAAGAGAAGGAAGAGAUGAUGCAGACCUUAAAUAAAAUGAAAGAGAAACUUGAAAAGGAGACUACUGAGCAUAAGCAAGUCAAGCAGCAGGUGGCGGACCUCACAGCACAGCUCCAUGAGCUCAGCAGGAGGGCCGUCUGUGCUUCAAUCCCAGGUGGACCCUCACCUGGAGCCCCAGGAGGGCCCUUUCCCUCCUCUGUACCUGGAUCUCUCCUUCCUCCCCCACCGCCCCCACCUCUACCAGGUGGGAUGCUUCCCCCUCCACCACCUCCCCUCCCUCCAGGUGGCCCUCCUCCUCCCCCAGGGCCUCCUCCCUUAGGGGGAAUCAUGCCACCUCCUGGUGCUCCAAUGGGCUUGGCACUCAAGAAGAAAAACAUUCCUCAGCCCGCAAAUGCCCUGAAAUCCUUCAACUGGUCUAAACUGCCUGAGAACAAACUGGAAGGAACAGUAUGGACCGAAAUUGAUGAUACAAAAGUCUUCAAACUUCUAGAUCUUGAAGACCUGGAAAGAACCUUCUCUGCCUAUCAAAGACAGCAGGAUUUCUUUGUGAACAGUAACUCCAAGCAGAAAGAAGCAGAUGCCAUUGAUGACACUCUGAGUUCCAAACUUAAAGUCAAAGAGCUUUCGGUGAUUGAUGGUCGGAGAGCUCAGAAUUGCAACAUUCUUCUAUCGAGGUUGAAAUUAUCCAAUGAUGAAAUCAAACGGGCAAUUCUAACAAUGGACGAGCAGGAAGAUCUGCCCAAGGACAUGUUGGAACAGCUCUUGAAAUUUGUUCCUGAAAAAAGUGACAUUGACCUGUUGGAGGAACAUAAACACGAACUGGAUCGGAUGGCCAAGGCUGAUAGGUUCCUUUUUGAGAUGAGCCGAAUUAAUCACUAUCAGCAAAGGUUGCAAUCGCUGUACUUCAAAAAGAAGUUUGCAGAGCGUGUGGCAGAAGUGAAACCUAAAGUAGAAGCAAUUCGUUCUGGCUCAGAAGAGGUGUUUAGGAGCAGUGCCCUCAAGCAGUUGCUGGAGGUGGUUUUGGCAUUUGGAAACUAUAUGAAUAAAGGACAAAGAGGGAAUGCCUAUGGAUUCAAGAUAUCUAGCCUAAACAAAAUUGCUGACACAAAAUCCAGCAUUGACAAGAACAUUACCCUUUUGCACUAUCUCAUCACUAUUGUGGAAAAUAAGUACCCCAGUGUCUUCAAUCUAAAUGAAGAAUUGCGGGAUAUUCCUCAAGCUGCGAAAGUAAACAUGACUGAGCUGGACAAAGAAAUAAGUACCUUGAGAAGUGGCUUGAAAGCAGUAGAGACAGAGCUGGAAUAUCAGAAGUCUCAGCCCCCACAACCCGGAGAUAAGUUUGUGUCUGUUGUCAGCCAGUUCAUCACAGUAGCCAGCUUCAGCUUCUCUGAUGUUGAAGAUCUUCUAGCAGAAGCUAAAGACCUGUUUACUAAAGCAGUGAAGCACUUUGGGGAAGAGGCUGGCAAAAUACAACCAGAUGAGUUCUUUGGCAUAUUUGAUCAAUUUCUUCAAGCUGUGUCAGAAGCCAAACAAGAAAAUGAAAAUAUGAGAAAGAGGAAGGAGGAAGAAGAGCGUCGAGCUCGCAUGGAAGCUCAGCUCAAAGAACAACGUGAAAGGGAACGUAAAAUGAGAAAAGCUAAAGAGAAUAGUGAAGAAAGCGGAGAGUUUGAUGACCUUGUUUCAGCUUUACGCUCAGGAGAAGUGUUUGACAAAGACCUUUCUAAAUUGAAAAGGAAUCGCAAACGCAUUACCAACCAGCUGGCUGACAGCAGCAGAGAGAGACCAGUCACAAAACUUAAUUUCUAAUUUUCCACGAAUACUUUUUUUAGAAAGCUCAUUAGCAGCCCUCUAAAGUGACUAGAACGUUUCAUUACACUGCCUUGCAAUCCAAACAGUGGCAAUUUUUUCCUUCAUCUGUGAGUGAAUGCGUGAAUGAAUGUAUGUGUAUGUAAAUGUAUGUGUGUAUAUAUUAAAAAAUGUAUAUAGAUGUCCGAGUGUUGUCUGGCGACCUAUAUGUAUGGUUAAAAAGAUACGUUAACGUAUGUGCUCCGAAACCUUUCGUGUAUGCAUUCACAUUGAGUGUGGCUCAUUUUCUUUCCCUGGACACCAUGACUGUUCAGAAGCACAAUACUAUCUCCUGAAAGAGAUGACAGAGACAUUCCCUAGAUUCAAAGACAAAACAGAAGAAAACAAAACAAAAAAAAGCUUGCAAGAUAUUUUAUGGUUUCCAAGCUUGAUAUCCUUUGAAAUUAUUUUCAUUGAUGGAACUGAAGUUGGAAAAAUAUAGAUUUAAAAUGGUUUUUGAUAGCUGACAAUGUAAUGCUGAUGCAUCACAUCAGUAAUAGGAUGGGCUUAGAAUUUCUGACACUGGUGUGGGGAUACAGUCUAUAAAUGUUUAUUGAGAACAUCUUGCACACAAUUUGAAUUAUGUAGAAUGUCAACCCGAAAUUUUUGUAUAUUUCAAAGUUGGACAUCAGUUUUUCCCUUAAUUUCAUCAAGUUAUCUCUGCCAAGUGCUCUUGAUAAUUUCUUCAGAUUUUUUGAAAAAACACUAUAAAUGCAAACCAUGCUUUUCUUAAAGAACAACAUUGCCAGAGUUUGCUUGUUCUAACAAUAUAGAUAUAUAAACCUUAAAAAUAUCUCACCCAAGACUUAAAGGAAGAAUUCUCUGAAAGGAUAAAGAUUACUAAAAAAAAAUUUUUUUUAAUGGGGUGCCUUUUUGUUAUAGUUUCUAUUUUCUGUUUUGUGGGACAAGCUGCAUUUUCUGUAAAUAUAGGUCUGGACUAAAGGACACAUAAAGAAUGCACAAAAUGUCAACAUCAGCAGAGAUGCCCAGAUCUAUUUAUCUCUAAGUAUAUUUGUAGUGAUUGCUGUUUAUGUGUUGUCAUUUUAAAAUUGUGUGUCAGUAAAGCUACCUGUAAAAUUUCAGUCCAAAAAAAAUAAAGCUCUCAGGGAGACAUGAAUAAAAACAACAUUAGAAAAUAUAGAUGCUUACCAUUAACCUACCAACUCUUAAUAUCCUUAAAUUAUAUGAUAUAUAAAGAGGACUGUUAUUUUUUUUUUUCUUUUUGCUUUAUUUAUUUGUAGUUGGGGAUGGGGCUAACGUUUUCUCUUUUCUUUCUAUCAAUCCUGUUGUGGUUGGGUUUCCUGUGGAGAGAGUAGUUUGUCCUGUUGCACUAGAACAUUAUUUACUCACUAAAUUGAGUUUUUUGUCAAUUAACAAAUAUUUAUUAAGUACCUACUAUGUACCAGGCAUAGUAAGGCUACAAUGGUAAGCAAGACAGAGUCCCUGCCCUCAAAGAGCUUACGUUCUAAUGGGGUUAUUAAGGGAUGAAUAAAAUACCAAUGUGUGCACUGUACAGGAAUCAUACUAUUUAAAAAUAAUUUGUAUAAACUAUAAUGCUUAGCACAGAUGGCAAGGUAUCUGCGCUAUGUGAAAGCUGUGAAAUAGUGCUCUAAGAGUUGUCAAGAGCUGUGGUUUUACAUCUUUUCCUCAUUGCAAAUUUAGUGACUUUCUACACAUUAUAUGGAAGUAAGUGACUGGCAAAUAAAACAGUCAUAAAUACAAAGCAAAGGUUGCACUCCCCCAAUCCCGACUUAGCCCAGGUCUGCAAUAACACCAUGUUAAAGGUGCAGAUAGAGACUUGGCUCAAAAAGGCUUGGAGAUGAGGAAGAUUGGAAUAUAAUGAAGGUUUUGUCUGUUCCUUAACUAAAGUGCCUCUAUGUAUAUUCUUUUCUAUUUGUAGCAGGAGAAAUUUGGUGUGGCUCAAUUUUGGAACUGUAUUUUGAAAAUGGCUUUGUCUUACAGCUUAAGGAAUAGACAGGUGGAGGGAAAGUCACAUAAAGGAGCAAGUUUGUGUAGCAUGUCCCUCUUGCCCCUUUUAAUCAUCCUUCUUUGAUAUGGCCAUCCUGGUGGGCCUCCUUUGCCAUUUCCAUUUUUGGUUUCUUUCCCAGAAAACUGUGUGCAGGUAAUUCCAUGUGCCAUUAUUGAAAAAAAAAAAAAAAAAAAAACUUUUUAGAUUGGUGCUGGUGUAAGUAGCCACUUUUCUCUCUUGGGUGUGUAUUUUAAAGUUGUUUUUUUUUUAAAUUAAUGCCAAAAAGCAAAUGCAUACUUUGUAAACUUAAUUAUAUGUCUUGUAUCUUAUUAGCUUAGUAGUUGGAACCACUUAGUCUUUAGGUGCAAGACUGUUGUUAGGUAGUACUGAGAAAAAAAAUGUAUGUGUUAUGAGACUGUACAUUUUUUUAAAAAGCAAUAUGCAAUAAAGAGAUGAACUCAUUGGGUGUA